AUCAACAAACUGAGAGAUUACUCAGAGUCUGUGCGAGUGUUUGAAGGAGAAGUCACGCAGUCGCUCACUGGAAACGGCGGAAUUUGAAGUGAAUUGAAAACAGGCGGUGACAAAUCUUAACAGACUAACAUGGAUAUGUACUGCUGAAGCGGCUUACUGUGAUAGCUGAAGAUAUCAUUUGGUUGUUUUAUAUUGUUUUUUAUUCUUAUAAAAACUGAAAAUGUUGGAUAAACGUAUUGUUGACCUGCGUUUGGAUCAGCUGGAAGAAGUGAAAGCGAAAAAUGUUAAGGAGCACUUUGAGAAGCAGUAUAAGAUGGGAACCCUUUUGGGAAGCGGCGGAUUCGGGUCUGUUUUCUCCGGACACCGCAUUUCAGACGGACAGCAGGUCGCUAUUAAACAAAUAUCCCGUGACAGAAUUCAACAGUGGGCAAAACUGCCUGGUGGAGCAAACGCAGUCCCCAUGGAGGUCGCUCUCCUCCUGUGUCUGGGUGGAGGGUCGGGGUCGUUACCCGGUCACCGCGGCAUCAUCCGGAUGCUCGACUGGUUCGAGAUGCCGGGUCAGGGAUAUCUCAUCGUGUUUGAGAAACCCCAACACUGCCAGGACCUCUUUGACUUCAUCACUGAACGAGGGGCCCUGGAGGAGCCCAUUGCACAGAGGUUCCUCAAACAGGUCAUCGAAGCCCUACAGUUCUGCCACUCCAAGGGAAUUGUGCAUCGGGACAUCAAAGAUGAGAACAUCCUUGUUGACGUCCGCACCGGUGACAUCAAAAUAAUUGACUUCGGAUCUGGCGCUCUACUGAAGGACUCCAUUUACACUGACUUUGAAGGUACCAGAGUCUACAGCCCUCCAGAGUGGAUCCUCCACCAGCGUUACAGCGCUCGUCCGCUCACUGUGUGGUCACUGGGCGUACUUCUGUUUGACAUGGUGUGUGGAGACAUUCCCUUUGAGCGGGACGGCGAUAUUGUACAAGCCACUCCGAGUUUCACUAAACGCAUCUCCAAAGAAUGCCAGUCUCUGAUUCGCUGGUGCCUUUCGUACAGGCCGGAGGAUCGUCCGAGUUUGGAGCAGAUUUUGCAGCACCCUUGGAUGACGGAGACUUCGGAGGAUAUCGGAGAUUUGCAAGCGGAAAGCAAUAUUAAGCCAAGCCUUUAAAUCCUGAAGGACUCUGGACUCGAUUCAGAAAUUUCCCACACACUGUUUCGUUUUACACUGGACUUACUGAACUCUAGUUGCUGGCUUCUGGAUUCUUCCUUAUUUAUUUUUGUUUACGUUUGUUUUGUUUCAUUCGGACUUGGGAAUCUGUGCCUGAAAAUAACCCUGGAUUGAUGCCGUUUUACUUUAUGAGUGAAAGUUUCCCACGACUACAGCUCCAACGCAACAGCGGGAAAUUAUACUUUUUUAUUUAUUGCUGAUUAUUUAUUUUUUUCAGCCACGUACUAAUUUAUUUCUGCACUCUAUGGUUCAUGAAGUUUCGGAAGCAGCAAACUGUGUUCGUUUUGUUUGUCUGUUUGUGUUGUUUUAAGUUCGAACUGACUUAAAUGACAGUGGGUGGACUUGCAGUUACCGAUCAGACUGCGACGAGACCUGGUUUUACAGGUUUUUUGCUGUACAGUGAUAUUCUCUCCCUGUUCUAAGGGGUUUCGAAAAGACCGGAUCUGCUUUCCAGUCUUUUGAUGGGAGGCCUGGCGUAACAAUAAUUCAGUCUCAUGUGGAUCUCUUCCCAUUUAUCAACACACACUCUCAAAGAAGGUGCGACAGAAGAGAAGAGGAACAUUCCUGUGGAUCCUGUUUUCUCUAAUUCACUAGAUGGAUUCCUCAGAGCCAUUAGCCAGCUGGCUUUUGGUUUCUGUCAGUAUUGUUUGUGAAAUACCUGCGCUGUAACUUAAAGAAUGUUGUCAGGACGCUUUGUGCUGAAAAUGCCCAAAUAUGUGUCAUUUUGUUGGAAGUUCCCAAAGGUCAAAGUGUUGACUAAUGUCAUGAGGGCUUCAACCACUAACCCACUAUUGAUGUUUACUAAAAAGGGCCAAGUGAGCUUUUCCUAAUUGUUUGAUUUCAUUAUAACACACCAAAGAGAUCAGCCUUACUGCUUUAUGUGAGGUAAACAUGCAUAAUGCAAAAUACAUUUGAUUUUGAUUUGAAAUGCAGAACAAAGUUUGUGUUAAAUAAAUAUUUUUUUUUUGAGACAUUGAAAUUGAAUGCACGUGAAUUGGACCUUUCCUAACAUAAUGUGUAAUGCAUUUGUGUUAACACUGGGGUAUUUUUCUUUCACUUUUAUGAAAUACAAAAUCCUUGCCAUUUUUGCUUGGGUUAGCACAAAAAUUUUGCUGUAAAUACUUGUGUAUUGAACAAUGUUCUGUGGCUGUUGUCACAUGAUGUUUAAUUUAUGAGAUUCUAUAAAUAAAAAUAUAGAUGUGAUAUAUCUAUAUUUAAAGAAA